GGUCUGCAUUUCUCUCAGAUUCUAACUUUAGUUCACGAAACUCGAACCCAGUGGAUUGAAAGGUUUGAAAAAUUCCAUUUCUGAAACGAAAUUUCGUUCUGUUAGUUGGAUUUCUUUUUGUAACGAGAGCCAGUUCCUUUGGUUGGAAUUGAUCGAAUUAGAGAUGGCGAGCGCAGUCGAUGCUGCUGGAGAUCCGAUUCCUACAUCAGCGGUGUUAAUGUCCUCGUCAAAGCACAUUGCGAACAUGUGUCGAUCGGAGAAUGUGGCAUACCUCCAGUGCAAAAGGAAGGAUCCGAACCCGGAGAAAUGCCUCGAAAAAGGCCAACAAGUUACUCGCUGCGUCCUCUCCCUGCUUAAAGAUCUUCAUCAAAGGUGCACAAAAGAGAUGGAUGCUUAUGUCGGUUGCAUGUACUACAAUACAAAUGAGUUUGACUUAUGUCGCAAAGAGCAGGAAGCAUUCGAGAAAGCAUGUCCCUUGGAAUGAUUUUCCCCAUAUAUGUAAACUUAUUACAAUAAAUUUUUCUUGUUUGCAAUGAGCAUGUACUGUUGUUGCGUACCUUCUCUGAGUUAAACUUUUUUCUUCAUAACAAUGAAAUAUUUUGUGUAUGUCUCGGGUUGCAAACCCGAUACAUUGUUGCAAACAGAAUCGACCAAUCUUUGCCAGCCCCUUUUGGACAA